GAGUGGAGUUCAUCAGUCUAUGGAGGAGGGUUGUCCUCUGUAUUCCCAGAAUUCUACACGGGAAGGUCAACACUAUACAGAGAAUGAUCAGAAUGAAGAAGGAAAAGAUAUCAAAGUUGAGGAUAACGAGGAAGAAGAAGAGAGGUUGGAGUCUAUGGAGGAGGGGGAGAAGAUUAUGGAAAGUAAACAGGAGGAAUCUUCUCUACAUAUCAACACAAGUGGAAAUCACCCUCAGAAGACCUCAAGGAGAAAUCUCAGCACUGCACAGUCUUCUGAAAAAGUAAAUUCCGUUGACCAAAACAGACAUCGGAAACGUUUCUCCUGUUCAGAGUGCGAGAAAUCUUUUACUCAAAAGGGAAGCCUUCUUAGACACCAAAAAAUACACACGGGGGAGCGCAAUAUCCCAUGUUCGAAGUGCGGGAAGAGCUUCACUGACAAAAGAGCACUUUCCGAACACCAGAUAAUCCACAGGUCUUUCCCGUGUUCCGAGUGCGGGAAACAUUUCACUCAGAGAGCAAACCUUCUCGCACACCAGAAAAUCCACAAAAACAAAUCUCCUUUUUCGUGUUCGGAGUGCGGGAAAGGAUUUCCUAAGAAAGUAAACCUUCUUAAGCACCAGAGAGUUCACACGUCUAAUCGCCCCUUUUCCUGUCUAGAGUGUGGGAAAUGCUUCAUAUUUAGAACAAACCUUCUGUCGCACCAGAGAAUUCACACGGGCGAGUGCCCGUUUUUAUGUUCAGAGUGCGGGAAAUCUUUUUCUGUAAAAAGAAAGCUUAUUAUACACCAGAGAUUUCACACAGGCGAGCGUCUUUUUCCCUGUCCCGAAUGCGAAAAGUCUUUCAAUCAGAAAACGGAUCUCGAUAAACAUCUGAGAAGUCACACAGGGGAGCGUCCUUAUUCCUGUGUGGAGUGCGGGAAAUGUUUUUCCCAGAUAAGCAGCCUUCUUACGCACCAGAGAAUUCACACGGGCGAGCGUCCUUAUUCAUGCUCGGAGUGCGGGAAAAGUUUUUCCCAAAAAAUCAGCCUCCUGAAACACGAGAAGACUCACGUUCGGGUGGGCCCUUGUAUAUGUUCGGAGUGCGGGAAAUGUUUUCCCCAUAAAAGCAGCCUUGAUAAACACCAGAGGAGUCACACUCGAGAGAGCGCUCUCGCGUGUUCAAAGUGCGGGAAAUCCUUUAUACAUAAAGGAAAUCUAGCAAGACAUGAGAAAACACAUGCUUCUUGAUAUUAUUGAUAAAGGAAUGGUGGCAUCUAACUUUUCCCCUAUAGAAGAGCUAUAUGGCAUAAAAAAAAUGGUUUCCUAAUGGGCUAUGUUCCCCACCAGGGAUAUUUCAGUAAUAGAUAAACACGGACUAGCACCGUGGCUUGGUUAGUGCCUGGCAGCACUGGGGUCUUUAGUUCAAAUUCUAUCCGCAUGGAGUUUGCAUGUUUUUUCUUUAGUGUUUCCUCUGGGUGUCUGGUGUGAAGACCCAGAAGCUUAAGCCCAAGCUUCACCACUGUUGAGAUAUAGGAAAUUAUUAGGUGAUUUAACUCUCCAGCAUUCGCCUAACACUGAACAUCACUUUUGGUCAGAUUUGCCACGUGACCUCGAAAAUAUUGGCCUUGAGAGCACAUUUUUAGAAUCUCUAUUUUUGCAAAUAAUGAUACAGAUUGAUUUUAAACUUUAAAAAUCCUUUGGUAACUGGAUCCUCUCUCUAGUGAUGUAGUAUGUAGUGGGUAACCUGUCCCUUUGUUUCAAACUGCCUUGGCACAUAUACAGAUAUUCUGACACCUGAGAAACAAGUCAAGGUCCCAAAAUGAUGUCUCUUAUUUUUUUGU